CACCUGCUUCGGUGUAGUGGCGUAUAGCUAGUGAGAACGGGAGCAAGCCAUCGCGUCGCUCCGCCAGGGAUCAGCAGCACUUUGGAAGCACCUCGAGCAAGGUCAGCGCGGCGCGUCCUGUGUUUCCUCCAAGUAACUGCAAGUAACGGAACUUGUAGUGCUCAGGCACUACUAUCGCAGCCAACGGACACGGCGACACGCACGAGGACGAUGAUGAAGAGAAAUUAGGAUAGCGAUAAGGGCAUAGCAUUCACCUCGAUUGCAUAAGCAUCCAGCCCAGUGUCCAUCAGGCAGGCAGAACGUUCUUUGGCUAAGCGGUCAGCGGUAAUCACCAUCAUCGUCAUCAUCAUGCUGAUAAAGGAGUACCGCAUCCCGUUGCCGCUAACGGUGGAGGAGUACAGAAUAGCGCAGCUGUACAUGAUUGCGAAGAAAAGCCGCGAGGAAAGUAGCGGUGCCGGCAGCGGUGUGGAGAUCAUCGUGAACGAACCAUAUCAGAAUGGACCGGGCGGCAAUGGGCAGUACACGCGCAAAAUCUACCACGUCGGUAGCCACCUUCCCGGCUGGAUCAAGGGGCUCCUGCCGAAGAGUGCGCUGACGGUGGAGGAGGAAGCAUGGAACGCGUACCCGUACACGAAGACGCGCUACACCUGCCCGUUCGUCGAGAAGUUCUCGCUGGAGAUCGAAACGUACUACUUCGCGGACAAUGGGCACCAGGAGAACGUGUUCCAGCUCGGUGGCUCCGAUCUGCGGAACCGCGUCGUCGACCUGAUCGAUAUCGUGAAGGACCAGCUCGGCGGCGCGGACUACGUGCGCGAGGAAGACCCGACGCUGUACAGGUCGGAGCGCACCGGCCGUGGCCCACUCGGCGAGCAGUGGCUGGACGAGUACUGGACGGAGGUGAAGGGCCGCACGCAGCCGACCGCCCGCAACAUGUCGCUGAUGUGUGCGUACAAGCUGUGCCGGGUAGAGUUCCGCUACUGGGGCAUGCAGACGAAGCUGGAGAAGUUUAUCCACGAUACGGCGUUGCGCAAGACGAUGGUUCGGGCGCACCGGCAGGCCUGGGCCUGGCAGGACGAGUGGUACGGUCUCUCGAUGGAUGAUAUCCGCGAGAUCGAGCGUCAGACGCAGCUGGCCCUCAAGCGCAAGAUGGGCAACGAGGGAGGCGAGGACCAGAACGAGGAGGGAGAGGAGGAGGAGGAAGAAGAUAAUGAGCGAAAUGCCCAUGACAUUGACAAUCGUAACUCCAAUCAAAUGUAUUCGAUAGAAAAGACGAACGAAAAUUCGACACCCUACAUGGGGAACAAGGACACGAUCCCGCUCAUUACAACGACGGGAGAGGGUGGAGUGGUGUACCCGGGAGCCAACGCCAGUGGCCAAAGGGACCACCACGCUCGCGCCGCUUCUAGCGAAGAGGAAGACGACGAGGAUGACGAUGAUGAAGAUGCGGGGGAUGAGGAGGGGUCAGGAUAUGAACGAAAGGUCACUGCUGGUGGUGGUGGUGGAAAGAAGGACAGAAUCGAGGACGGGGUAGCUAUGUUGCGAAAGCAGAACAACUCAGGAUCGAAAAGCAAACUCCACUCGCCGUUGGGUUCAGUCCACAGUUUUGAUCUGCAGGUUGCCAAUUGGCGAAUGGAGAAGCUGGAGGUGGAAUCCAAGUCUGGUUCGGAAGAGGAGUUUUUCGAUUGCGUCGGUGAGUUGGGCGAGAAGGCUUCGCUGGUGAAGUGGAGCUCGCUGGAGCUGCUGGCCGAAGAGGACGACAGCCCAUCGUUGGCACCUGCGAACCACCAGGGCAAGCACCAAGAGGACAGCAUUUUCAGCCAGUCGUACUUGCAACGCGUCACUUCGGAGCGAGGCAUACGGCGCUCGUUUCUGAGUCAGUUCUCCAGCAUCGACCGGCAGAACCAGGACGCAUCACCACCCGGUUCACCGGGGGGCCUACCGCCCUGCCCGACCACCGUGCUGAUACUGAUCAUGCACGCAGGCAGCGUGCUCGACGCAAGCUCGGACAUGACAGCGAAGAAGUCGGACAUCACGACCUUCCGCGGUGCGCUGGAGUCGGUGAUGCGCCAGCACUAUCCGUCGCUGGUCGGCCACGUUGCCCUACGGCUGAUACCCUGUCCGCCUGUCUGCUGCGAUGCGUUGGGCAUCCUGUCCAGCCUCAGCCCGUACUCCUUCAACAGCCCGCAAGGCGGUGGGGACGUCGCCAACCUCACGGACUUACCGAUCGGUUCGAUACCGCUGCUGGCGACCUCGUCGCCCGACUUUCAGGACUCGGUCAGCCGGGCCGUCACCUGCGCCAACCAGAUCUUUGGCGAAUUUCUGAAAUCGGACGAGGGCCGCGGUUUCGCUGGCCAGAUCGUCCUGAUCGGUGACUCGAUGGGCAGCAUCCUGGCGCACGAUGCGUUGUGUCGCUCGAACGCCCACCAGGGCAGCGAGGCGUCCGGGCUCAACCAUAUCGCUGAUCUGAUGGAAACGAGUGAGCUGCUGGACGCUAGCCGGCUGCUGACAGCACCGUCCCCAAGGCGACGCUCCUCCUCCACCAGUGAGACGCGCGUGCCCAAAUUCGAGUUUGAGGUUGGCGAUUUCUUCAUGUUCGGCAGUCCACUGGCGGUGAUUCUGUCGGCCCGCCGGCUCGCCGAUAGCCGCCUCGGUAGCAGCAAGCCGGCCUGUACCCAGCUGUAUAACCUGUUUCACCCGACCGAUCCCACGGCGGCCCGACUCGAACCACUCCUGAGCGCUCGCUUCUCACUGCUGCCACCGCUGAACGUACCACGGUACGCCAAGUAUCCGCUCGGGAAUGGCCAACCGUGUCAUCUGCUCGAGCUCAUCCAGUCGAGCCCGCAGAUCUUCGGCGAUGGUAUGCCGGGACCACCACCGCCGGCACGCCGUUUGUCCGACUCCUCCAUCCAGAGCGGUGCGUCCGGAAUGAUCGAUAACGUACCGCUAACCACGAUCAACCAGCUGCAGCAGCGCUGGUGGGGCUCGAAGCGGCUCGACUACGCGCUUUACUGUCCCGACGGGCUGAGCAACUUUCCGUCGCACGCGCUACCGCACCUGUUUCACGCCAGCUACUGGGAGUCGAGCGAUGUGGUCGCGUUUCUGUUGCAGCAGAUCGGUCGCUUCGACGACCUGACCGGUGGGGGCGGGCAGGAGAAAGAAGGUGUAUCGGCGUUCCGACCGAGCCAGCCGCGCGAAAAGUGGAACAAGAAGCGCACCUCGGUGAAGCUGAAGAAUGUGGCGGCCAACCACCGGGCGAACGAUGUGAUCGUGCGCGACGGUGAACCGCAGCGGCUGGUGGCUCGGUUCAUGUACGGGCCGCUCGACGUAAUCACACUGGCCGGCGAGCGCGUCGACAUCCACAUCAUGCGUGAUCCCCCGGCCGGCGAGUGGCAGCUGCUGGCCACCGAAACGACCGAUAAGAAUGGGCGCAUCAGUUAUGUGGUACCGGAGGAGCGAGCUUGCGAGUACGGCAUCUACCCGAUCAAGAUGGUCGUUCGAGGUGAUCACACAUCGGUUGACUUCUACAUCGCGGUGGUACCGCCACGUACCGAGUGUAUCGUCUUUAGCAUCGACGGCUCGUUCACCGCGUCCGUGUCGGUGACGGGCAAGGACCCGAAGGUGCGGGCAGGUGCAGUGGACGUGUGCCGGCACUGGCAAGAGCUCGGCUACCUGCUCAUCUACAUCACUGGCCGACCCGAUAUGCAGCAGCAGCGCGUGCUCUCUUGGCUGAGCCAGCAUAACUUUCCGCACGGGCUCGUCUCGUUCGCCGACGGACUGUCGACCGAUCCGCUCGGCCACAAGGCCACCUAUCUCAGCAAUCUCAUCCUCAACCAGGGCGUAAUUAUACACGCUGCCUAUGGCAGCAGCAAGGACAUCAGCGUCUACACCAGCAUCGGGCUUAAACCGAAGCAAAUUUUCAUAACCGGCAAGGUAAGCAAAAAGUUGCAGCCCAUGGCGACACCACUGACAGAUGGCUAUGCGGCACACCUGAGUUCGCUGUUGGCGGUUGGUGGGUCGCGACCUGCCCAGGGCAACGCCCGCAUGGUGAUUCCUCGAAGCUGCUUCAAUCUUCCUGGCCAGAACCAAUCAAUCCGCCGGCGCCGAUUCGUGCCCGGUUAAGUGUGCUCCGGUAUGUGCGCCUGCGCAAGUCAAUCAAACCGUAGACUCGACGACCUCUCGCAAUUGCAAUGCCGCCAAGAUAAUUCAAGUAAAAGAAAAGUGCCGAACAGGGCAACCGAUCACACACACACACACACACCUUCUCACGUGCGUGUCCUUCGCAGCUAUACCCGCUACACUGCUACCACACAGGAACUAUCGUUUGUUGCCAGAGUAGGUUGUCGUCGGGUCCCGAGAUGUUAUUAAAUGGUAGCAAAGUGUUAAUCUCAAAGAUCUGUUACCGGAAUCUUGUGUUAGUAGUGCGUAAGGAUACGAUCUUUGCAAUCUCACCAGCAUCAGCACGUCUAACCGUUUAGCCCAACACUGCUGAUCUGGAAUCUGUAUCUCGAUAUCAUCCCACAACGCUCUCAUAGCGAGUUAGGCUAAGCAAAGACUGAAGAGUCAAAAGGAAAGAGUGAAAGGAGUGAGGAGUGGGGGAUUGGUUGGGGCGGGAAAGUGAAAGAAGAAUAGGGCAGGAGAAUGGCGAGACACUAGUUUGUGAACAGUUUCAUCAAAUGAAUUGUUGCCGUAUCGACUUAUCAUCACCACAAACCUUACACUAAACAGACACGGAAACACAAACACAGAUAAGUGAAUCAAAGUCUGCCAAUGUAGCAAACAGCAUAUAUACAUAUUUAUAUAUCAAUAUAUAUGUCUAGGUGACUGGUUACAGGAAGUUUGUAAAGUAAGGAUUUCGACGCAAUAUUCUAUUUUGUCACAUGGUACCUGGCUUAGAAGACUGUCUCUUACCGGCUGUUGAAAACAAAAAACCAAAAAAAAAACACAAAAAACCAAAAACAAACAAAACAAAGAUCAUGGAUACCAGGAGGAACCCACCAUUUCCAAAGUUGAUUCCAGAUCAAUAUUGUUAAUAUGUAUCACCCUCGUCGUCCAGUCGACUGGUAAAUUCGUUUGUGCGAGCUAUACGCACCACCUUCAUACUUCAUACUCCACUUAUAGCCCACAAUUUCGAUCGAUGUCCUUCAGGCGUCCACAUCAUCACACCAGGACACUAGCAAUACUUUUGCACGAGAGCGUUCCGGAUGUGAGCCCAUGCCAAUUAUUGAGGUAUAUUCUAAAGUCGAUGUGUAUUAACUGUUAUUUAGUUACCGGCUGGAGGCCAUACGCCGCUGCCACUGCAGAGUGGGCAAAGGGUUUGAAAUGAUUCUGUGUCCGUGUGUCCGUGUCCGUGUGUAGCUGCCGCGUAGUAGUGCGAACCUACUGGCUAUCCAAAAUGGCUAAUCGAAAUGUGAAUUUGUUGUGAAUGUUGCAUGUGGACUUAGAGGAGCUGCGCAGAAACGCAAAAAAUCGGGACAGAAGACUCCUAUAGAAACGGACGCAAUGGAGGCGCCCAAUUGGCGUGAACUACGAAAGCAAAACUACGAAAAACGAAAACCCAAAACUAUGAAAUCAAAUCUACUAAUAUACUCGUGACGGCGUCGUAGCAGAUCGUGAUCAAAAGUUGAUUUCACACAUUUUCACACAUUGUCAUCAAAACGGAUAAAUCCAUUCCUCCUCUCCCCCACAAAAAAAAACAGAUAAAUAAGGCUGUAAGUGAAGAGCAUUAUACAUCCAUGCGGAUCGUCUUUUUGAUUGUUGAAUAAGCAGGUUUUUAUAUUGAACCUUCCAUCGUUUGUAGACGUCUACAAUCCACGCGUCCACUCUCUUCGUUUUCCUAUAUUACAGGCCAACCAAGGGGACCAUGGGUUGGCGGGUGUUAUCUAGUUGAAUUGUUUAUGCAAAUAUUCAGAAAGGGGAUAUUGAAACUCACGAGUAAUGUGAGGUGCUUGGUGUAUAAGCAUAUAAGAAGCCAAGAGCAUACGGCAACCAAAAUGAAGAUAUAAGAAAGAGAAAAACGAAGGACAAAUCUCGAAUAAAAUCUAUUCUUGCUAUUGUUUUGUGAUGAAUCGAAAGCAAAUAGUGUAAACUGCUCUCUUACUCUCACUUUCUCUUUCUCUAUCUUUCUCUCUCGCUCUAUUUUCGUUUCUCUAUGUUAUUUCACUAUUAUUUCGUCAAAUUAUUUAAAUUUAAAAGCGAGGAGAUAUCACUAAAUGCCGGUUAGACAAUCGUUGGCUAUCAGCAAACUAUAAAAAGAAAGCGUAACCGAACCUUCUUCUUCUUCUCGCCAAACGCCACUGUCGGUGGCCAUUUGCGUAACAACGACUUCAAGAAUCUCUUACCAAAGCAAGCUGGGCAGCUGCCCAAAAGGCUUUCGUUGUAUUGUUAGUAUUAUUUGUACCGGUUUGCAUUCCAAGGGCAGUGCGCUGGUAAAGAGCUGCUAUUAUCCAGUUCCUUCAUUGUGGCACUUCGAUGUCUGACCAAUCAGCUGCCAGCUGCAUUAGCUCUACUUUACAAUGGUCGGUGACAGGAUAAUCGAGGAGUUUAGGUAUUGGGUGGAAAGUGCUUGUCAGUAGAAAUUCAUUGAAUAAGCAUCAGCAGGUGGUUUUUGAGCAUACAUGGUUCUAGCGAAAGAGUUACGAUGAAGUGGGGAAAGUUACGAUGAGGUGGAGGAAGGGGUUCAUCAUUAAAUGGCUCCAGCACCGCUGGUUGAGAGAUAGCCCGAGACAAAAACCACAACCAGACACAGACUACAUACGGAAACAAACACAAAAUGUAACAUUGUACAAGCAGUAUACCAAAAUAAUAAACGGAAAAUGUUUCAAU